AUGUCUGACGAAAAGGAAAAAAUCACCGUGGUGGCCUCGUCGCAGGGCUCGAACUUGUCGUCAUCUCAUGUCGAGGGUCAAUAUAGCGACAUGGCUGAUUUACAAGGGUCCGACGUGGCCCUUGCUGCCAAAAUUAAACUCAUCAACGAUGCAAUUGACGAAAUUGGCUUUACUCCUUACCAUUUCAAGCUUUUCCUUCUUAAUGGGAUGGGUUAUGCAACCGAUUCUCAACUUACCGCCAUAGAAGCCGGGGUAAGAGAAUUCAUCAAUUACCAAUUUAAGCAAGACUUCCCAACCUCGGCCAUGUGUUUGAACUUGGGGUUGUUGGUAGGAACCAUCUUUUGGGGGUUUGGUGCCGAUCUUAUUGGCCGUAAAACCGCUUUCAACAACAGUUUGUUCCUUAGUGCCGUCUUCACUGUGUUAACCGGCUCAAUGAAUAGUUUGGCAACCUAUUGUAUCUUUGUGUUACUCUCAGCCGCUGCUGCUGGAGGUAAUUUGGUUUUAGAUACUUGUAUCUUUUUAGAAUAUUUACCCUUCAAAUAUCAAUGGUUAUUGACAUUUUUCGCAUUGUUUUGGGGCAUUGGUCAAACUAUUGCGGCCUUGUUAACUUGGUGGGGGCUUUCCAAUUAUUCUUGUGAAGGUCCUGCCAAUUGUCCUCUGGACUUGAAUGAAGGCUGGAGAUAUGUCUACUAUAUCAAUGGUGCUAUUGUGUUGGUUUUGGCCAUUGCAAGAGUCGUGGUGGUUCGUCUUCAUGAAACUCCAAAGUUUCUUGUUUCCAACAAGAGAGAUGUCGAAGCAGUGCAAUCUUUACAAUCAAUUGCAAUCAAAUAUAAUCGUAAGUGUUCCUUGACAGUGGAACAAUUGCAAGCGUGUGGAGAAAUCACUUCUAACCAUGAUUACAGAGAAAAUCUGGACAUUAAGGGUACUAUUAUGAUUGUAAAGGAACAUUUGAAAACAAUUUUCUCCACUAGGAAAAAUACUCGUUCUGCCAUUCUUUUAUUUUCCUCUUGGUUCUUACUCGGGAUCGCUUAUCCUCUUUAUUCCUCCUUUUUACCCGCUUAUCUUGCCCUGAGAGGUGCCAACAUCAGUGCUUCAACCACCCUGGGUGUCUAUAGAGACAACGUUAUCAGUAACGUUUGCUGUAUCUUUGGUCCCAUGAUUGCUGGAUUCCUACUUUGGGCCUUCCCAAUACUCGGACGUCGUGGGGUUCUUGUCAUUGGUGGAGUAAGUACCAUGGCGUUCCUUUUCGGCUACACUGCAGUGCGUACGCAUGCACAGAAUGUGGCUCUUUCCUCAGUCAGUUACAUUACUCUUUACAUUUACUACGGAUGUCUCUAUGCAUACUCGCCAGAAGUCAUGCCCUCAUCUGCAAGAGCCACGGGGAACGCCAUGGCCAUUGCCUUGACUCGUGUUGCCUCCUUGAUCACCCCGGUGAUUGCUUAUUUCUCAAAUACUUCCCUGGCUACACCUAUCUGGAUAUGUGGAGUUUUCGUUGGAUUGAUUGGAUUGUUAGCGCUCUUUUUCCCAUACGAGCCUAGUAAACAAAGAGCUGUAUAA